AUGGGUCGAUUUCGUUCGGGCUACCGUCAGCCCUCAUCACUUCUGUAUGUGGGAAGCACUGCUGUCGGUGCAGCCAAGCGGCAUUUGAACCGCAUGGCAGUCUACAGAAGACUUCAAAGAACCGAAUUUGUGGAUGCAGAAUUGUCCCUGAGAUAUUGGGCAUCCCAACACGACCUUUUCCAGUUUGUGCUUGUUCCGCUGGAAUUUUGUGACAACUACCAGCGAGCUUGGACUGUUGAGCACGAACUCAUUGCUCAAUGGCAGGCACCUUUGAAGUAUCCCAGAGCAAUGUCUCUCAUUAAGAAGACCGCUCUCGGUUUCCGGAUUUCGUCCAAACGCAGAGGGUCAUUGUAUUGCACCUUUAGCCUCCGACUUUGGCGCAAACUGCGAAAGCGCAUGUUUGGUCGUAGUUCGAAAUUCUUCAUUCAUGACUCUCGGGAGUUAGCCUGGGGGCUUCUGUUUAAGCUGGCAUCGAGAACCCGAGCAUCCUUUGAAACAGCGAAGCUGCUCCGAUCCAACAAGACGGCUGACGAGGAAGUGUAUGCCCUCAUCAAACUCAGUCGCAAUAUCGAAAACCCUCAUCGCAACAGGGUGCAAGGAAUACUCAAAGGUGUAGUCAAGUUUCGCAAGAAGAUGCACUGGCCACGGACUUCCCGACCUUUGGGAGUCCUGCCAACUGCGUCUCCUUCGUUUUCCAAGGAGUGCGAGAAGUGGUUAAAAGACCUCAUCCUCCGGUACAAGUAUCUUUUUCCAUCUUUCAAUGUUCCAAAGAACAGCCUACGUGAAGUUCCGCACCAGAGUAUCAAGAAAUUUCUCCACAACUUCCGAUCUUGGGAAGAAACGAUGUGGGAGCACGACUUUGAUUUGGAGUCCGUGCACUGUCCGUGUGAGCAGUUUGCAGGAAAACUUCCUGCUCAUUGCUUCGUGUCUGGCCACGUAGCCACAGGUUUGGAGAACCUGACCAAGCUACUACCAGGCUGUUCGAGCAUCUUAUCGGCCAGUGCCGCGAGCACCUUUUUCCCAGACCGCAAUCACUGGAUGGCCAAGUCCAGAGCUCUGUUUGAUCA